UUUGGAUUGAUUGUUAGCAACUCUGCUCGUGCUGAGCGGUUGCGCGAGACUGGAGGCUGGCUUGGCUACCUGAAAGACUUUACCAUUUUCCUGCCUUAUGUCAUACCCAAACGAGACAUCAAAGUACAGAUAUGUCUACUCAUCUGUCUCAUCACGAUCGCGAUAGAGCGCGUUCUGCAAGUGGCCAUCCCGUACGUCCUCGGAAUGAUUGCGGACAAGGUCACACAUGGAUCGAUACCUAUUCGAGAACUCCUCAUCUUCCUUGUCCUGGACCACCUCAACGGCGAUUCAGGCUUGGUCUUCAUCCAAGAGCUGUCUAAAAUACCCAUCAAGCAAUUCUCGUACAAGCAAUUAACCAACGCUGCUUUCGGCCAUGUCAUGGCCCAGUCAAUCGAUUUCCACUCUACGCAAGACUCGGCAGAGGUCAUGAAGGCUGUUGAGCAAGGCGAAGCGUUGGGCAACGUCCUCGAGUCGGUAGUCAUCGAAAUCCUGCCAACCAUGAUCGACGUCUUCGUAGCUUGUACUAUCUUCUACCGAAAGUUCACUCCGGCAGUGGGGAUGGUUCUGCUUGGUGCAUCAAUCUUAUUCCUGGCAGCCGAAGCUUUCUCAACGCGACUCACAACCGGCCCCCGGAGGAGUGUGACCAAGGCGGAACGAUUCCAGAUACGAAAGAUGCAUCAAGCAAUUCAAGGUUGGCAAACUGUGACCUACUUUAACCAGUUCAAGAGGGAGGCCCACGUAUUGUCCAAUGCUGUGAACGACCACAUGAAGGCAAGGACACGCUUCGAAGCACGGCAAGCGUUCAUCAAGGCUCUCGUUGAGCUGCUAGUACCAACUACCUUCUUCGCUCUAGCCUACCUCAUCCUCCAACGCAUCGCUGCAGGCACUGCAUCACCAGGAGACUUUGUCUUCUUCCUCACGUACUGGGACUCAAUCAUUUACCCGCUAAAGUUUUUGACAGAACAUGUCCGGUGGUUGGUGCGCGACUUUGUAGACGCCGAACGAGUUCUGCACCUUCUACAGACCCAGCCGUCAGUCACAGACGCACCCGAAGCCUACCCACUCGCAGUGCGCGACGGCGAAGUGCGAUUCGAAGACGUAUCCUUCCAGUACGACUCGAGCCGCUACGCACUCCACGACGUCUCCUUCACCGUCUCGCCCGGCCAGACCGUCGCGCUCGUAGGCCAAACCGGCGCUGGCAAAUCGUCGAUUCUGAAGCUACUCCUACGUCUGCACGACGUCACAUCCGGCAGGGUUACCAUAUCCAAACAAGACAUCCGGCACGUCACACUGAGUUCGCUGCGCGACGCUGUAAGCGUAGUUCCUCAGGCACCCACCUUCUUCAACACGUCCAUCAUGGAGAACGUACGGUACGCACGCAGCACCGCGAGCGACCAAGACGUCCACGAAGCAUGUCGCGCAGCCGCGAUUCACGACACCAUCAUGCGCUAUCCCAAGGGUUACAACACCCACGUCGGCGAGCGUGGCGUCAAGCUGUCCGGUGGCGAGGCGCAGAGACUUGCGAUUGCGAGGGCGCUGCUCAAGGACGCGCCGAUUGUUCUGCUGGAUGAGGCGACGAGUGCGGUCGAUACGGUGACAGAGGGUAGCAUCAAGAGGGCGUUUGAGAAGCUGAAAGAGGGAAGGAUUGUGAUUGUUAUCGCGCAUCGGCUGAGUACGAUUGUUGAUGCUGAUUCGAUUCUAGUGUUGCAUGAGGGGAGCAUUGUAGAGAGGGGAACGCACCAGGAGCUGUGCGAUAGAAAAGGGCGGUAUUAUGAGCUGUGGGAGGGGUCCUAG